AUGCCUUGUUCGACAAUAACUUGCUAUGAGACGAGAUCGCAGCGUACGCAUAAUAGAAGCGCAUUCCAACUCCUGCAAUUAUUUUCUGAGAUUUUCAGGGAGCACAUAUAUUUCUCACGGCUAUUCAUAUCUGUUACCGACCUCUUCGCGAGAUGCCCACCGCCUUCCUCCUCAACGCAUCCCUGCCAUUCCUUUGUCCAUGAUAUAGUUGUCACAGACCUUGCAAAACAUAUGGAGACAUCUCUCGUUUAUGGCGCCGUCAUUCUGGUUUCAGGAGGUCUAAUCUUGCUGUAUGCAGCCCUAGUAUUCUGGUCGCCGCCACCGAUUGUCACUCAUGAAUCCGAGAAGAAAUAUCUCUCCAGCCGCUCUCCGACCAAACCACUUCCACUGACACGUCUCUCGGACCCAAGGACACACGACUUGACUAUUGUCGUGCCAGCUUACAAUGAGACGGAACGCCUUCCAGCAAUGAUGGAUGUGACGAUUAAGCAUCUGACCUCAGCCGGUCUGAGAGGCAAACGCACGUUCGAAAUAAUCGUCGUCGACGAUGGUUCGAGUGACGGCACGUCCGCCAUGGCGUUGAAGUUGGCAAAGCAGUACAAGGAUUCCGAUGUCAAAGUCGUUACUCUGGAAAAGAACAUCGGGAAGGGCGGCGCGGUCAGGCAUGGAAUGUUAUUCGCUGGAGGAGAGAGGCUGCUUAUGGCGGAUGCGGACGGUGCAAGCCGGAUUGAGGACCUCGAAGAGCUGUGGAAGACAAUGGACAUUAUUGCUCCGAACAACGCUUCUGGAGUUGUCGUUGGGAGCAGGGCCCACCUUGUCAAGUCAGAGGCUGUUGUAAAGCGGUCCUUCCUCCGCAAUGUCCUUAUGUACGGAUUACACACCAUCCUCCGCAUUGUUGGCGUGGGCCAUAUCCGGGAUACUCAAUGUGGCUUCAAGCUCUUUUCCCGUUCGGCUGCCCAACAAAUGUUCCCUGCUCAGCACCUCCCAACUUGGAUAUUCGAUGUCGAGCUUUUGCUGCUGGCGAAGCAGCUCUCAAUACCCGUCGCAGAAGUUGCUAUCGAGUGGCAUGAGGUGGCUGGGAGCAAGCUCAAUGUCGUCACUGCGUCUGUGCAGAUGCUGAGGGAUCUCCUGAUUGUUCGAGCGAAUCAUCUUCUUGGGAGGUGGACCGCUAUGCCUCCAAAAUCAAAAACGGAGUGA